AUGCCAUCAUCAAACGAGGAAGAAGUUGUUGCCUUUACUCCAGAGGAAAUUCCAUCAAGAGAUAUCUAUGAAAAGAUCGUCAAGGAAUUGGCAUCUGGAUUAGGAUCGGAAUAUGAUGAAACACUUGAAAAAUGUCUGAUCAUGGCCUAUCAAGCCGGAUUGUUAGCUAAUAAGUUUUGUAUUGAUCGUAAGAAUAGUGCUAGUUUGGAUAUUGAAAUUAAAAAAGAUGAUUCACCAGUAACUAUUGUUGAUAAAAAGGUCAAUUUGUUUUUAAUUGGAGAAUUGGAAAAGCAUUUCUUAACAGAAAAUUCAUCAGAUAUUAGAAUUAUUGGUGAAGAAGGUGUGAGUUCUAGAAACACAGAUGCCACAAAGGAUUUAUCAGAAGGUCUUGUAUUUUAUGUUGACCCAAUUGAUGGAACUAGAGAUUUUAUUGCAAAUACUGGUGAAUGGGCUGUAAUGAUUGGAUUAUGUAAGGAUGGUAAACCAGUGAUGGGAUGUGUUUAUUGUGCUCCUCAAGAUGAAAUGUACUUUGCAGUCAAGGGUUAUGGAGCUUAUGUUAUUAAAGAUAAGAAGGAAAAGUCAACCAUUUCAAUGAAUCAAUUCACACCAGAAACUGUAAAGCAAGCUAAAUGUUUAAUUUCCAAAUCAAAUUAUGAUAAGCCAACUGAAAAUAUUUUGAAUGAAUUGGGUGUUGACCAAAGAGUUCCAUGUGGAAGUUUUGGAAGAAAAGUUGCUUUACUUGCAAGUGGAGUUGGAGAUUUAUAUUUCAAUUUCAGUUGUAAGAGUAGUUAUUGGGAUUCUGCAGCUCCUACUGCACUUUUGGAUGAAUCUGGUGGUUGUUUAUUAAGAAAGAAUGGUCAACCAGUUUUCUUCGAUGGAACUAGAACUGGUAAUGAUUAUAUCAUGUUUUGUUGCCCAUCAUCUGUUGCUUCAUUACUCCAACCAGUUGUUGCUAAGCAUGUUUCAAUUGACUAG